UUCCCUUCGAGCUCUCUCCAAGACUCCUCUCUCCAGCUUUGCUGAGAUCCCAGCUUGACUCCAACCAUGAGGUUCCUCUACCUUGUCUUCGCUGUCUUCCUGCUGGUCUCCCUGGCCACCCCAGGCUAUGGGCAGGUGAAGAAGUACUGGACGUACUGCCCUAAGGAGGGGCACUGCUCCAGCAAGUGUGACAAGAUGUACACGUGGACCACCUCCUCUGACUGCAAGUUCUACUGCUGCAUCCCCUACAGCUGGAAUGGGAAAUAGGAGCUGAAGAGGAAGCACCUGGGGAAAAGGAGGCACCGCGGUGGCUUUGAGAGCAGCUUCUCAACUGUCUAACCCAUUUGUCAUGCCCUCCUCUCAAUAAUUAAAAAGGGGAAAA